GGGGGGGGUAGUUGUGUAAUUUCGUAGCUAGAGUUUCCCUAUUUAUUGCUUCCACAUAAUUGCAGCAGCAGGGUUGCUAUUCCACCAGGUAAUCUCCAAGAACAGAGCUCCUCGAUCUGCUCGCAAGCUCCUUCCAAAUUAAGUCAAACUCCUUUCCUUUCGUUUUGCUUAAGAUGGAGAAUACAAGUAACAUGAGCUCAAGUAGCGGUGGUGGUGGGGGUGGUGCGAAACCAAGUGGGCUGCCGAGGGCGAAGUCGGAGCACAUGCAAAUGGAGUACUCGAUGGUGGGGGCGGGGAUGAAGUCGCCACCGUCAGGGGAGGCUCACGGCGGAGGAGGAGUGGAGGCUAGUGGCGGUGGUGGCGGGCUUUCGAGGAAGUCCAGUAGGAGGAUGGCGUCGGCGUCGCCGGGGAAGAGCAGCGGAAGCGGGAAGAACACGCACAUAAGGAAGUCGAGGAGCGCGCAGUUAAAAAUAGAGCUGGACGAGGUGAGCAGCGGGGCGGCGCUGAGCAGAGCCUCCAGCGCCAGCUUGGGCUUCUCCUUCUCCUUCACCGGGUUCGUCCCUCCCGACGAAAUCCCCAGACCUUUCAGCGACGACGACAAUAUUCCUGAAGAUCUCGAAGCCAACACGCGCAAGACCAAGCUUCCAGCAGAGCCCACCAUGCCAAUUUAUCUCAAGUUUACAGAUGUAGCAUACAAGCUAGUUCUCAAAGGAGUAAGAACAAGUGUGGAGAAGGACAUCUUGAAUGGAAUAACUGGUUCUGUGAGUCCAGGCGAAGUUUUGGCACUGAUGGGACCUUCAGGAAGCGGAAAGACCACGCUCCUGAAUCUGCUAAGCGGCAGGUUAAAUGUGCCCACCACUGGCAGUACAAUUACCUAUAAUGACCAGCCAUAUUCGAAGUUCCUGAAAGGCAGGAUAGGGUUUGUGACUCAAGAUGACGUUCUAUUUCCACAUCUUACUGUAAGAGAAACGUUAACAUAUGCAGCUCGACUACGGCUUCCAAACACAUUGACAAAACAACAAAAGGAAAAACGAGCCAUCGACGUCAUCCAUGAGCUAGGCUUGGAUAGGUGCCAAGAUACAAUGAUUGGUGGCUCCUUUGUUCGGGGAGUGUCAGGCGGCGAGAGAAAGAGAGUCUGUAUUGGCAAUGAGAUUAUAAUCAACCCUUCUCUUCUGUUCCUUGAUGAACCAACCUCUGGCCUGGAUUCUACUACUGCUCUGAGGAUUGUUCAGAUAUUGCACGAUAUAGCUGAGGUUGGAAAAACAGUAAUAACGACAAUCCACCAGCCAUCCAGCAGACUCUUCCACAAAUUUGACAAAUUAAUCCUCCUUGGGAAAGGCAGCCUGCUCUACUUUGGGAAGGCAUCAGAAGCACUAGUUUAUUUCUCGUCCAUAGGAUGUUCCCCUCUAAUUUCUAUGAAUCCAGCAGAGUUCCUGCUAGACCUAGCAAAUGGAAACAUAAAUGAUGUUUCUCUUCCAUCAGAACUAGAAGACAGGGUGCAAAUGGGAAAUUUAGAGACUGAAACACAAAAUGGGAAGCCAUCUCCUGCAGUAGUGCAUGAGUAUCUCGUGGAGGCUUAUGAGACACGAGUUGCAGAAAAGGAGAAAAAGAAACUUAUGGCUCCAAUUCCUAUAGACGAAGAGCUUAAGGCAAAAGUAUGCUCUCCAAAGCGUGAAUGGGGAGCAAGCUGGUGUGAACAGUAUUCAAUAUUAUUCCGGAGAGGACUCAAGGAACGGAGGCAUGACUAUUUUAGCUGGUUAAGAAUCACCCAAGUUGUCUCCACUGCAAUAAUCUUGGGAUUGCUCUGGUGGCAAUCAGACAGUAAUAGCCCUAGAGGCCUGCAAGAUCAGGCAGGGCUGCUUUUCUUUAUUGCUGUUUUCUGGGGAUUUUUUCCCAUCUUCACAGCAAUAUUCACAUUUCCCCAAGAAAGAGCUAUGCUGAGCAAGGAACGAGCAGCUGACAUGUACAGACUUAGUGCAUACUUUUUGGCCAGGACUACAAGUGACCUUCCACUCGACCUGUUAUUACCAAUACUUUUCCUUCUCGUUGUCUAUUUCAUGGCAGGACUGAGGCUGAGUGCUGGUUGUUUUUUCCUCAGCAUGCUUACAGUUUUCCUCUGCAUCGUAGCAGCUCAGGGACUUGGACUAGCUAUAGGGGCUACAUUAAUGGACCUAAAGAGAGCAACAACUCUUGCUUCAGUAACGGUGAUGACCUUCAUGUUGGCUGGUGGGUAUUUUGUGAAGAAAGUUCCAGUAUUCAUAUCUUGGAUCCGCUACAUCUCCUUCAACUACCACACUUACCAACUUCUUCUCAAGGUGCAAUACAAACACAUCACUCCCACUAUAAAUGGGAUGAAAAUUGACAGUGGUGUAAAGGAGGUCAGUGCCCUGGUAGCUAUGGUUUUUGGUUAUCGCCUCUUGGCAUACCUUUCUUUGCGGAGGAUGACGCUCCAAUCUGGAGCUUAAUGAAGCUACAAUCUUCUAGGGAGCUUAAAGAUGGAAAAAAUCACUUCCAUUUUUCUCUCCUCUACAUGGCACCAUGAGAAGGAUCGACUUAAAAUGGCAGCAAAAGGAAGCUAGCGAGGAAUUACUGAUUCAGAAAAUUUGGAUUUUCUGCCUCUAAGAAUUUGACAAUUUAUCUUGUGUACCAGAAAGUAGCCUAAAAAAGAAUAUUACAGUUUCACCAUAUGUGGAUCUUAGUAUUUGAAGGAUCUUAAGAGAUAUUUUUGGAUAAUAUCAAACUCAUAUUCACAUGUUAAA